UUACAAUUGCAUCAGAGUUCUCACUGAAACCUUGUUUAUAGUGGCUUGCACAUUUUCUUUUAUUGUUGACAAUGGAACCCACAACCGCUACCCUUCAGGCAGGUGUUACAUUAGGCGUUCAGAUUUCAAAGUGAAGAAUCCGAAUUCUUCUCCCAAUCCGAACUAGUUCUUCAUGUCAUGCGAAGUCGAUUGGGGACGUGGCAAUGAAAGUGAAGAUAUUGCAAUGGCAUGCUGUUUCUUCAUGGACAUGGGAUGCUCAAGACGAAACUUGUGGGAUAUGUAGGAUGGCAUUUGAUGGUUGUUGUCCUGAUGGUAAACUCCCUGGGAAUGAUUGCCCACUAAUCUGGGGUGCUUGUAACUAUGCAUUUCAUCUUCAUUGCAUCCUAAAGUGGGUAAACUCACAAACGUCUCAACCUCAUUGUCCCAUAUGUCGUCGAGAAUGGCAGUUUAAAGAAUGAAUGAGCUAAAAUUAGCUGCACCUUUGUGGCCAUUUCGUUGUAUUAUUCCCAAAAAUAGUGAAGAAUUCUAGUUUUCUUCUGUUCUGUUUAGGUAUUAUGUAUUGAUAUAUGUGAUGCUGCAACAUUUUAGAAAGUAUAGCUAUGCUUAUUUGCACAAAAAAAAAAAAAAAAAAAACGCUACCCUUCGGGAGUGCAUAGGGUAAACCCCGCUCCAGUGUAAUAGCCCACAAACCACACAAGAGAACUGAACCGCAUUAGACAAACCUCAUGCGACGAGCUAGACUAAGAAAGCUUGCAGGGGUUGCACAGAUGUUUUUCAAUUCAAAUUGUAUGCACAUUUGGGU